AUGGGCUCCGUCUGGAGGCAUUUCACCGACAGCAGAAGAAGGUCAGAAAUGGAGUCUGUCUUCUCCACUAGAUUUGUAUUGACUUGUAAUCUAGACUCUCACUCAAUGCUUAUUCGUGCCGGCUUCCUACGGCAGGCACAUUCUGGAUUAUUUCACAUGCUUCCUUUGGGCCAGCGUGUUCAGAAGAAACUGGAGGCUCUUAUAGACAAGCAUAUGUCCACGCUUAACGCUUCAAAGUUGGAUCUUUCUUCAAUAUCGUCCGAGUCACUGUGGGAAAGGAGUGGCCGCUUAAACUCUGUCGGAUCCGAGCUCUUCCGGUUCCGAGACAGGAAAGACAUCGGCUAUCUCCUCUCUCCAACACACGAAGAAGAAAUAACUACUUUGGUUACAAGUACGACGACAUCUUACAAAGAUCUUCCAGUACGCGUGUACCAAAUCUCACGAAAAUACCGCGACGAAUUGAGACCUAGACACGGGCUUUUACGUUCUCGAGAGUUCAUCAUGAAAGAUCUAUAUACCUUUGAUUAUAGUUCACCGCAAGCUCUGUCAACCUAUAACCAAGUUCGAGAGGCAUAUGCUCGUCUUUUUGAUGAGCUGAAAAUUCCUUAUUUGGUGGCCGAGGCCGAUUCUGGCGAUAUGGGUGGCAACCUAAGUCACGAGUUUCAUUUUCCAACAGCGAAAGGUGAAGAUCAUAUUAUAAGUUGUACCAAUUGCGAAUAUGUGGCCAACGAGGAGCUGGCGGAUGGCCCAGUGUUAUCCUCCGAACCCGAGUCUACGGAAAAUUCCCCCUUGCCACUCGCGGACAAUUCUACUACCAUCAGCAACACGGACUCUGAGAUCUUGAAAAAACUUUCAUCGUGGAAAGGUAUAUCUAAGGAUAGAUCCACGCUGUUUACUGUCUUUUUUAUGCCUUCAGCGUUAUCUUUAUCCAAUCCAGCCUCAGAUGUUGCAGAUGGACGAGAGGUCAAUGUUCAUGCAAUUAAAGCUGCGUUUCCAGAGAUCGACAACUCCAUCGAGAAUCCGGGUGAUCUGUGGUGGGAAUCAGCUCCGAAUCUGUCAGAUACAGCAGACAAUGCAACUCUUGCUCGGCCCCGGCAAAUUCUGAACAUAUUGGAUGGCAGCAUGUCCGAAUCUCUACGCAAGACAUUUGCCGAGGGGGUAAUGACCAUGUCAAAAGACCCUUCAGCAACGCUGGGCUUUACCCACCAGCUUAAUUGUGUCGUUCAACAUCCAGUCACCGGAAAGCCAUUUAACUUACUGCGAGUUAAAAGUGGCGACCGUUGUCCUCGCUGCUUGGAAGGCCAUGUAAAGAUCAAUAAAGCGAUCGAGCUUGGCCAUACCUUUCAUCUCGGCUCACGAUACACUAAACCACUAGAAGGGCACGUCACAGUUCCACACGAGAUCAUCAAGAAUCAAGAGGCAGAUUUUGAAUUCUUGCCUAAUGUGAAAGACUCAACUUCUGGUCGUCAAGUUGUCGUUCAGAUGGGAUGUCAUGGGAUUGGGGUCUCUCGAAUAAUUGGAGCGGUAGCAGAUACCCUCGCUGACAAGAAUGGGCUUAACUGGCCUCGUGUCAUGGCCCCAUUCGAGGCCGUCGUCAUCGCAAAUAAGUCUGGAGAGGAAGGUGCCUCAGUUAUUUACGACGCUAUAUCCCAAGCUCACCCAUCUGGAGGCGCUGUUAUCGACCUUGUAUUGGAUGAUCGAGCCAAACCGUUUGCUUGGAAGAUGAAAGAUGCGGACUUGGUUGGCUACCCAGUAAUCGUUGUUGUAGGGAGAAGGUGGGCAGCCGAGAGGAUAUGUGAGGUGCAGUGUCGAAGAUUGAAAAUUAAGGAGGAUGUUCACAUUGCAGACCUGUCGAACCAUGUGAGCUCUCUGCUGGAGCGCCUAUAA